AUGCCGUCUCCAGGCCCGCUGCUACUGCUGCUGUUGGCCGCUCUCUUCGGUCUUGCGUCGAGCAGGCAUGGCCUCCAUGACGACAACGACAACGAUGGCAACUGGCCAGCGGCACCCGCCACGGCGUUUUCACUGCCCAUCGAGGGCGACGCCGAACCGCCGCUGUCACUCCAGCAGCGCAGCGGACCCCUGGAGCUUGCUCGUACAUAUCUCAAGUACGGGACCCCCUUAUCAUCGCCGCAGCUGAACGACCUGCUGGUCCAAGAGGAUCUGGACAUCGCCGUAAUCACCACCAACAUCACCGCCAGCAGCAGCAGUCGGCAACGCAAGCGCUGGCCUGCCCCCUCCGCGCCUCUAUCCUCACAGCUCGGCUUCCGCGGGGGACGCGAGUAUCUCAUCGAAGCCCACGUCGGCACCCCCCCGCAGCGCCUCAACCUGCUCCUCGACACGGGGUCCAGCGACCUCUGGGUCUUUAGCAGCAGCGACACGCCCGCGCACGCCGUGGGGCGCCGCCCGCGGUACAGCCCGUCGCGUUCCUCCACGGCGCGCCGGGCCGACGGGGACACGUGGGCCGUCGCGUACGGCACCGGCACCGGCACCGGCACCGGCACCGGGCGCGGGCGGCGGCGCACGGCCGUCGGCGGCAUCGUGUACCGCGACAACGUGACGGUCGGGCGCGUGACGGUGCUGCGGCAGCCUGUCGAGGCGGUGCAGGUCCUUACGCACAGGGUCGAGCUGGGCAUGAACGCGUCGGGCGUGCUGGGGCUGGGUUUCGAUGAGUUUAAUAAGGUGCGGCCGAGGGCGAGGCGGACGUGGUUCUCCAAGGCGAGGCACAAUUUUAAGGAGUCGCUCUUUACGACGCGUCUUGUAAAGGAAAAAGGCACAUGCGACUUCGGGUAUAUAGACCCUUCCAAGCACAAGGGCAACAUCACCUACACGCCUGUCAUCGGCGACAACACCACUAUCGGACGCUGGAGCUGGUCAUCAACCGGCUACCAGGUAGGCCGCGGCCCCUUUGUCGCGCAGCACAUCCACGGGGUCGCCGAUACGGGGUCCAGCCUGAUCCUGCUGCCGCAGCGCAUCGUCGACGACUACUGGGCGCGGGUGCCCGGUGCGAAGCGCGUCCGGGCCAUGGGCGGGUACACGUUCCCGUGCGGCGAGGAGCUGCCCGACUUUACGUUUGGCGUCGAGGAGCAGCGGUUCACGGUGCCGGGGGCGGCCAUGCAGGCGACGCGCAGGACGCGGAGCAGCAGCACCAGCAGCAGAGCCGGCGGCGAAGGCGACCAAGGGGUUGGCGGCUCUUCGGCGGCAGCGGGGAGGUGCUUUGGCGUCAUACAGGGCAACGGCGGCGGGGUGACGGUCUGGGGCAACCCGGCGCUGCAGACGGCGUUUGUUGUUUGGGACGUUGGGCGGAGGCGUCUUGGCUGGGCUCACCCUGCCUAA